GGAUUAAAACGAGUACAGACAUAUCGGUACUCUGAAGUCUAGUAUCUCCGAGAUGAAGGUUAUUGUGCUGUUAAUGUGUGCGGUAGCCAGUACUUCGGCUGGCAAUGCAGUCGCGUGGCCGGGUGCGAUACCGCUCACGCGAAGUGAAGUGAAGACUAUUAUACCGCCCCAAAUACAAGGGUUCGGAUAUUCUUCGAGUCAGUAUAUAAAUGCGAUUCCAUCAGCACCAAUCGGCUAUCAUCCACAACUGAGCUAUCAAAUUCCUCUGCCAAACUAUCAGCCCGUCGUAAGCGCUUCAUACUAUCCUAACGGCUUUGUCUAUCCUUCUUUGGUUCCUGCUGCACCUAUUGCUCCUGGUUUCCCCAUUUCCCCAAUUGGAGCUAUCAAUCCCGUCGCCCCAGUUGCUCCUAGUCGACCACCAGCACAAAGCCCAGGACUCACAACAGAGCAACCCGCUGGUGAUGAAGAUACAGCCGUAAUUGAAUCAGCAGAUUCAUCAUCUAAUCAGCAACAAUCAUCUCAACCGCAGUUACCACCUAACUUUUCACAAACAUCCUUGGACUCAAAAAAUAUGCCACAAUACCCUCAGAUACCUGGGGCCUCUCAACAAUUUCCAUUUUAUCCACAAAUCCCACAAUUCAUUCAACCAGGCUUCAAUUUUCCUCCUCAACAAUCAGGAUUCCAACAGAAUCCUUCGUUUCCUCAAGAGUCUUCGCCAGCUUCUAGUUUUCCCGCUGCUGAUAACACAGAUAAGGGUCUCGUUGACGACGACACGGUAACCGUAGAUUCUGCGUAAUAUAAAAUAAAAUAGCAUAGUUCAAUUUCCUAUUUUUUUACAUUCAUGCUUGUUAAAUUUGGCAUGUAAGCUGUCGUAUAUUAAAAUAUAUCUUUUAUAAA